UUGGAAUCACCUGGGAGUCCUCUGGGGCCGGAGCUGCCUAUUGAGACAAUAGUGGAUGACCGGGAGCGUAGGAUUUCCCAUUCACUGUACAGUGGAGUCGAAGGCCUCAGUGAAUCACCCACCAGGAAUGCUGCCCUGAGUAGAUUAAUGGGUAAAUACCAGCUUUCUCCAACAGUCAAUAUGCCCCAGGAUGAUAUGGUAAUUAUAGAAGAUGAUAGACUGCCUAUAUUACCUCCACAUCUUUCAGACCAAUCAUCUUCCAGUUCUCAUGAUGAUGUAGGCUUUGCAACAGUGGAUGCUGGAGCUUGGACUAAACCAAUAGCGAAUGAGUCCUCAGAAUGCAUACUAAGUCCAGAUAUGGAUCCAGGGCUGGCCUUCCAACGGGAAGGAUUUGGACGCCAGAGUAUGUCAGAAAAGCGCACUAAGCAGUUUUCAGAUGCCAGCCAAUUAGAUAUUGUUAAAACACGGAAAUCUAAAAGCAUGGAUUUAGUAGCUGACGAGACUAAGCUCAGUACAAUGGAUGACCAGAAAACAGGUUCUCCAACCAGAGAUGUGGGCCCUUCGUUAGGCCUGAAGAAAUCCAGCUCUUUAGAAAGUUUGCAGACAGCAGUUGCUGAGGUGACAUUGAAUGGUGAUAUCCCUUUCCAUCGUCCACGACCACGAAUAAUCCGAGGGCGAGGAUGCAAUGAAAGUUUCAGGGCAGCAAUAGAUAAAUCAUAUGAUAAACCUGUUGCAGAUGAGGAUGAUGAAGGCAUGGAAACCUUGGAAGAAGACACAGAAGAAAGUUCACGAUCAGGUAGAGAAUCUGUGUCCACAUCUAGUGAUCAACCAUCCCAUUCUCUAGAAAGACAGAUGAAUGGCAGUCAGGACAAAGGGGACCGGAAAAAAAUUGGGAAGGACAAGAAAAAAGAUCGAGAUAAAGAGAAGGAUAAAAUCAAAGCCAAGAAAGGAAUGCUCAAAGGUCUUGGGGACAUGUUCAGGUUUGGCAAACAUCGAAAAGAUGACAAGAUUGAGAAAAUAAAAGUGCAGGAAGCUGUUACUUCAGAAGAGGAGAGAAUACGUAUGAAGCAAGAACAGGAGAGGAGGCAAGUGGAAGUGUGCCUGUACCAGAAUUGAUUAUGUAGACAGUUUUGAAAACAUUAAUAUUUAUAUGAAAUUGAAAUAUAUUUUGUAUCUUUUUUCCCCAAAUAUCUUUGCAUAUCUACGUUUGUUGCAAGUUGAUUUUAUACUGUGUCAUAAUUUGGAUUUUAAAAUUGAUCACUGGAAAUAAAUAUUGUCACUGGAGAUCAAUCUUUUCCUGUUGUCCAUGU